CUCUCUCAGCUUGCGUGCACACACAUCUACUUACACACCAUUACAUACAUUUCUCAGCAGGUUUGCGUAGGUUCUAGAUUGCCGUGCAGAGGGGGCAACCACUUUACCGUUGCCUUGCAUGUUGUCUGUGAGUGCGUGGUGGUGCCAGCGCCUCCAUCCCCACCCGCGCUACCCGCUGGGAACUGCCCUCGUCUCCACCACUGCCAUUCCACUCCACUGCUGUCACCACCGCUGCUGCAGCCAGAGGGGAGUCUAGUAGCGGGCUAUCUUUCUGUUCUCCCUCCUAAACAUGUUCCGAAACCCAUGGAUUUCUAGUUACCAUGUGAACCAUGUGCGACCCUGUGGCCAAGGAUUUGGACUUAAAGCUCCCAGCAAACUCUGCAACUCAACCUCACUGCCCACAGAAACCUUAAGUUUUCAGAGUGAUUUCUCCUUGGGUGAUAAGACCGCGCUGGUCAAGAGUGUUUCAGAUACAGAUGCCAAACUUCUGGUUGUCCUUCCCAAGGUUUCUGAGUUGAAGAAAUACUUUGAGCAACCUGUAUCAAAGGAUUUAGCAAUGAACAGGAAGGAGAGGAUAGCCCGGCGUCUGGAGGGGAUUGAAAGCGAUGCUCCACCAGCCCUGGUGCCUGGUGGUUUGGUGGCCAACAGAAUGCUGGAGGAGGAUCCACCGCGGUACACCCGCGCUUCAGACCCCUGUGAGCCUUGUGUGAUGGUGAGGCGCUACAGUCGAGAGGAGCCAGAGGCACCACAGAAGCAGGUGUCAUCUACAGAGAGAUCAUCACAGGGCAAAAGUGGCACAGUCAGUGGGCGUCCAGACCCGAUGGUAGUCUACGUGGAUCCAGCAACGCUAACCACCUCCUCUGCACGGACAUCAGGCACUACAACAGACUCUGCCAGCCUCAGUUCCAAAGCUGAGCGAAUCGCCCGUUACAAAGCAGAACGCCGCCGCCAGCUGUCAGAGCGUUAUGGCAUUCUUCUGGACCAGGAGGCAGACAUUGACUAUACACCACGCUACCGAUCCCGUCGGGAUCAAGACACCGCUGAUCCACAGAUGGCUGCCAGACGAGACAGAGACAGACAGAAAGAGGAUGAGCCAGGACAGGAACCAAGGGUGCCAUACCGUUCUGGAGUGGGCAGAGUUUACAUGAGGACUCAGCCAGAUCCUGCUCCUGUCUCCACAUCUACCCCUGCCCACUCAAACCAAGGCCCUCCCCCUACACAAGAAAGGCCAAGUAGAUUCUCAGAACGGGAAAGGGCAAUGAAUCUAGAGAACUAUCGCCGUGCUGGGGCUCAAGAACGAAGAAGCAGAACUCAGGAAGUGCAUCCACCGCAGCAACAACAGUCCUACCACCAUCAGGAUGCCCAACACAAAGAACCAAGCCCCGCCUCCAACAGGGACUACAGCAUCGCAGCCGUGCCCAGCUCUCCUCGCACUGCCCGCAGGGCCUCGUUGCCCUCAACGCGCUAUGGCGUCUCACCUGGGGACUUAUUCAUAGAGCAGCAAGCGCAGAGCAUCCUCAACAGGCAGGGCCUGGCCACCUGGUCAAAGAGCGACUGGUCUCUCAACACAGACUCAGAGAGUGACACUCAGACAGUCCUCAGCUGGCCUUCAAGAAUUCGAGUAAGGGAACGAUUGCCCAGGGAUGAAACUGCUCAAAGGCCCCCUGACUGGAGUCCAGACAGUCACUCAGCCAACAGACUUCGUGCUCAAGGGAAUGUUCCUCACUAUUCACCACACCGCUCAGAGGCUGCCCAACAAAGAUCUGUUCCCCAGGCACAGCCGAGCCCAGGUCACCAGCCUGCCCAUGGCCAAACAGCCUACCCACCUGCUGUACUAGAUUACCAACACACUGGCUCUGCUGUGGACCCCCAGCCCUAUUUGGCCAUAUCUGCCCCAGUGACCUCUGCCAAGGUACCUCCAGAGGUACAACCACGGAGACGACCAAGUGCUGACCAACUCUAUGCUGCAAACAGGGAGGCCAGGCUGGAGGCGAGACAGGUCCUGAAGGAAGAGGCCCAUACAGAGGGCUUGCUGAAGAGUAGGAAAGCUGUGCUGCCCUCAGAGAUCCGUCGGAGAGAGAAAAGUGUGGAUGAUCCACACAGGGGCCGGAAUGACGACAUGGAAUGGCAGAGCUACAGUCCAGAACGGAGGGGGAUGAGUCGAGGCGAAGAGGACUGGGACAGGGGGAGACCACGAGAGAGGGAAAGGGGGAGGGAGAGAAAUGUUGAGAGGAUCAGAGAAAGAGCGAUAGACCACCUCUCCAGCCAUGAUAGCCAGGAGGAAAGAGUAUUUAGAUCUAUGCAGCCUUCUCAGUCCACCUUACAUCAGCAACCCAGGCUGCAUCAACCCUCAGAGUCUGUGCGCCAUCAAGAACCACCAAUGCAGCAACAAGACCUCCCCCUGCACCCUGAACCCUGGAGAAGACAGCAUAGUGCCCAAAUUCAGCAAGUUGAUCCUCAAAGGCAACAUCAUACUGAUGACUCCAGACUGUCAAAGGAGCAUCAAAGACAACAACAGGCAGUUCAACAACAUGAAUACAAGCCCCAAAAGCAAGAUCCUCCAAGUCAGCUGCAACAGCCCCAGAUAAAACAAGAACCCAAACCGGUCGAAGAGUUGGAGCAUCAGAGGCAGCAGCAACAGCAUGAUCCGUCACAGCAGCAGAGGCUAGAUUCAGCUAUCUACCUGCAGAAGGGCUCCUCAUUGCCUCAGGCCAAAAACAGGAGCAUGGAGAUGAGCGGAGGACCCAAACCCAAGAUACGAACCCGCUCCAUGUCAGAUAUAGGUAUAAGCCAACAUUCUGCCAUGUAUCGUAUGGAGAGGCCAGCUGCUGGCAGAGAGGCAUCAAGGGCAGUCCCUCCAUCAGGCUUGGCUAACGGGGAGGUGGGCACCCUGGACACUAGGGUGUCAGUAGCGCAGCUGCGACACUCCUAUCUGGAGAAUGCCAACCGGAAGCCUGAGUUUGAGACGACUAAAGUAGAUCUAUCAGCAAUUGAGGCCGAUCCAUCCAAUGGUAGUGAUCGGGACAGGGCUGCUCGAAGGCCUCGGCGCUACAUCACCCCAGGAGACAGCCGGAUGUCAGAAAGGUUUAGGACUCAGCCUAUCACUUCUGCAGAACGACUGGAGUCAGACAGGGGCCGUUUAAGUCCAUCACAACUGCAGGAUGCUGAAGUAGAUGAAGAAAAGCUGGAUGAACGAGCCAAGAUGAGUGUGGCUGCUAAGAGAUCUCUCUUCAGGGAACUGGAGAGGACAUCUGAUGGAGGAGUUCCUAAACCACGAUCUCGAAAUGCUGCAGUCGAAAGGCGCCUGAGAAGAGUCCAGGAUCGGUCACACACACAGCCUGUCACCAACAGGGAGGUGGUUAAUGCCUCAAGUGAAUCUGCCAUGUCAUCACAGCCUCUGGGCAUCCAAAAUACUGUACCCCGUGUUUCCAGUCCCACUGUUGUGAGCACCAGCAUCAGCAUUCAGGCCUCCUCGCAACACGACUCAGCAGCCCAAGAGCAGGAGAAGGAGACCCAAGAACAGCAGAAGCCAGUUAAAGCUGCCAGUACAGGGGGAGAAGGAGAGGAGCAGGAGGCCCUCCCAGAGGAGCCUGACCUGUCCACCCUCAGCCUGGUGGAGAAGAUGGCCCUGUUCAACCGCCUCACCGUGUCCACGGGCAAAACAGCAGAGGUGACGCAGGGGGACACACGUCAGCGCAGGGCUAAUGCUCGCUUUCAGACUCAACCAAUUACCCACGAGGAGGUGAAGCAGGAACCUGAACCAUUGGUCACGUCUGCAGUGAGUAACGGCGACUUAGAGCCCGGUCGGGGAGAACAUCUAAAACAUGGAGGUGAAAUUAAACUAGAACCCUUGUCAGCCUCGCUUGUCCGCUCAGUGGCAGCGGUUACCUCCAAAGCUUCGGUCACCACGGUAACUGUGACGCCAGGAAACAGUGGUGCCAUCAAUGAUGACAGUCUCCAUUCUGGGAAAUCCACCACCGUCCCUUACAUCCCUGCCCAACAACAACAGGUUUCCAGCAGCACAGGCACGGCCAUCCACCAGGAGAGGGCGCUGAGGUACUUCUCCAUGACCCAGAGUGGAGACCCUGGCCACCCAGAGCUGGAGCUGAACUCCUCCCCUUUCCGUCCUGAAAGCAAAGAAAGAUUGGGGGCUCCUCCUGCUGCCGCUGCCGCUGCUGCUCCCACCUCCUCAGCUUCUCACAGGCAGCAGCAGGGGGAGGCGGUGGUAGAGGGGCUGCAAGAGGAGGUUAGAGGGAGACGGCAGGGAGGAGCCAGAGACGAGAGCCAAAGCGACAGCAUUAAACUGCACUCCCCUGACAGGGACUGGGAGGGCAGGCACCAACAGCAGCAGCUGCAGCAGCAGCAUCCCCAGCCUCUGCACUCCGCUGAAGCAUCACUGUCAUCGAGGAGGGACGAGUCAGAGCUCUUGUCUAGCUGGAGAACCACAGACGGAGACUCCCAAGAGAUCAAAGAGAGAGGAAGAGGAGGCUACCUGAGAGAGACCGCUCACAGCUCCUCUUCACAGGAGCUUACUGAGAGGAGCAGCGGCCGGAUCCAGACCGGCAUCUCAGAUCUGCCAGACCAUCCGGUACCACUGAAGCCACUGAUAGCUAAAGUGUCUUCACGAACUGUAUCCCACGUGUCAAGCAACCAGCAACAAGCCAUUGUUCACCCUCCUCAAACUCUUCCCAAACCAUUCAUACAGCCGCCUCCUCCAACACAACCCAAACCUUCGUCAUAUCUCCAGCCGCAGCUGUGCACCCAGCCCUCUCAACCCUCCCAACCACCACCAACCUAUCCCAAACCUUUCACCCAGUCCACACAAGCCCAGCCCAAACCUCAGGGAUUUACCCAGCCUCUUCCUAAGCCUUACCCACCUGCAGCUCCUCCUCAGCCUCAGCCCAAACCACAGGUGCCUCCUCAAACACCACCCAAACCCCAGUCCUUCCCCCAGGCACUGGUAAAGCCCCAGUCCUUGUCUCUGGACCACAGUGAGGACUUCAGUAGGCACAGUGCUCAUUCAGGAGAUCUGCUGUCCCCCACAGAGUCUGGGGAACGACUGUCUGACGGCAUGUCCACCAAACAGAUGUCCAUCAAGGAGAGAGUGGCUCUCCUGAAGAAGAGUGGUGAAGAGGACUGGAGGAAUAGGAUCAACAAGAAGCAAGAAGUAGUUAAAGAGGCAUCGGAGCAAGAAGCUCAGUCAUGGGACACAGAGCAGACCAAUGAGAAGAAGGAGGAAGGGGUGGUCAUUCAAGAAUACUCUGCUGCAUCUGCGUCUGAACAGCUAUGGGAACCUGUCUUUUCUUCCACCUUUUCUCCUACUAUCUCCCUUGGCCAAAAAUGUCAGUAUAUUGACCAUCACAGUCAGGGGAUGGGAGAGGAGAUCAAAGCCCAGAUGACCAUUGAGGAAAGGAAACAGAUGAUUUCCACUCGUGAGGAUGCCUGGAAGACGAAAGGCAAAGGAGCAGCCAAUGACUCCACCCAGUACACUGUGGCUGCACGAAUGGUCAAGAAAGGCCUGGCAGCCUCCUCUUCAGUAAUCAGUCCCAUCCUGUCACCAGUCUCCACCAAACUCAAGGGCAGCACUCCUGCUGUCAGCAAACCACAAGAGGAAAUCGAGGCCAGGCCAGAUAUGGAGUCAGACAAGAAAUUAGACAAGCUCGAGAGUUUCUUGGGACGUCUGAAUAGUAAAGUGGCAGGUCUGCAGGAAACCACUCUGACAGUGACUGAGAAGGCAGUGAAGGAAGUGAUGAAGCUGGAUGAUGAGAUCUUCUCCAAGUUUUACAGGCGUGUUUCCGAAUUUCCACGUAUGCCCACCAGGAUUGAGAUCAACGAGGAUUUUGAUUCCAUCUUCGGUUCUCAGGGACCAAAGCUCUCUUCAGCUGUGGUACAGCACAAGAGGGCGGUUCGUCCAUCCAGGAACGUUCAGGCGUCCAGAAACCCUCUGAAGAUGCUGGCAGCCAGGGAGGACAUCAGACAGGAAUACACUGAGCAGAGACUGAAUGUGGCUCAGCUGGAAAGCAAGAGGAUAAAGGCUGAGAAGAUAAGCAAAACCUCAGAAUAUUCUGAAGCUGCUCUGGCAGGUCUGGCCAGUAAAGAGAACUUCAGCAGUGUGAGUCUACGUAGUGUCAACAUCAUAGAGCAGAUGUCCAACAACAGUGCAGUGCCGUACAAGAACCUUAUGCUGAUGCAGAUCAAAGGUCGUCGUCAUGUUCAGACCAGAUUAGUGGAACCCAGAGCCUCUUCCCUGAACAGUGGAGACAGUUUCCUAUUGGUCACUCCAGAGCACUGCUUUGUCUGGAUAGGAGAGUUCUCAAAUGUCAUAGAGAAAGCUAAGGCGAUGGAUUUGGCCAUGUUCAUCCAAACGAAGAAGGACAUGGGCUGCAGAGCAAAUCAAGUUCACACCAUUGAGGAGGGGGUCAACCCACAGGAUCCUAAUACCCAGCAGUUCUGGACAGUCCUGGGAGGACAGACACCUUACCAACCGUCUGGUCCACCGGAGGAGGAUGAGCACUUUGAAAAUGCCAUCGUGGAAACCAACUGCAUCUUCAGGCUGCUGGAUGAUAAACUGGUGCCAGAUGAUGAUGAGUGGGGGAAGGUCCCUCACAGCUCUCUGAUGUCAUCCAAAGAGGUGUUGGUGUUUGACUUCGGCAGUGAGGUGUAUGUGUGGCAUGGUAAAGAGGUGACUCUGGCCCAGAGGAAGGUGGCAUUCCAGCUUGCCAAACACCUCUGGAAUGGCACGUUUGACUACACCUGCUGUGACGUCAACCCAUUGGACCCUGGAGGCUGCAACACACUCAUACCCAGGAAGGGCCAGGGUCGUCCUGAUUGGGCGAUAUUUGGCAGGUUGACAGAGCACAACGAGACAAUCUUGUUCAAGGAGAAGUUCUUGGACUGGACUGAAGCAAAGUCGCCAUCACCAAAGGAAGGCUGUGAGCUCAUGCCUGAGCAGAAGUCUGUCCAGGAGGCUCCAGGACGAGACUGUCGGCCUUACAAUGUCACACUGAUGCUGCCCGUCCUCCAGUCGUCCAUCUCUACCAUCUUGGACGGCACAAAUGUUGGCCGGGGCUACGGCCCAGUGGAGACCGAGGACCACAUGAGGACUCUGGAGAUCAGCACAGUAUCUGUGGAUGUCUGGCACAUCCUCGAGUUUGACUACAGCCGCCUGCCACGCCAGAGCAUUGGUCAGUUCCAUGAGGGAGAUGCUUACGUGGUGAAGUGGAAGUACAUGGUCAGCACAUCAGUCGGUCGAAGGCAGAACCCAGAGGCGAGGAGUACCGGACCAGGAAAGGAAAAAUGCUGCUACUUUUUCUGGCAGGGCCGACACUCCACUGUUAGUGAGAAAGGAACAUCAGCGUUAAUGACGGUGGAGCUGGACGAGGAGCGGGGGGCACAGGUCCAGGUCCAACAGGGGAAAGAGCCGCCAUGUUUCCUGCAGUGUUUCAACGGAGGGAUGAUUGUUCACGCUGGGAAGAGAGAGGAAGAGGAGGAGAACACUCAGACGGAGUGGCGUCUGUACUUUGUUCGGGGUGAGGUACCGGUGGAGGGCCACCUGCUGGAGGUGCCAUGUCACUGCAGCAGCCUGCGCUCCAGAGCCUCCAUGAUCCUGCUCAACAUCAACAAGGCCAUCAUGUACCUGUGGUUCGGCUGCAAGACGCAGCUUCACACCCGCAGUGUGGGAAAGACCGCCGCACUCAAAAUUAAAGAACAAUGUCCACUGGAGGCAGGGCUCCACAGCAGCAGUAAGGUGACCAUCCAUGAGUGUGACGAGGGCAUGGAACCUCAAGGCUUCUGGGAGGCGCUGGGGAGAAAGGACAGGAAGGCCUAUGACUGCAUGCUGCAAGAUCCUGGUAAAUUCAACUUCACCCCACGGCUCUUCCAGCUGAGCAGCACAUCUGGCGAGUUUAUGGCAAAUGAGUUCUUCCACCCGUCCAGAGCUCCAGACUUGAUCAGUUCACUGCCCUUCCUUCAAGAAGACCUUUACAAUGCACCACAGCCUGCACUGUUCCUGGUGGAUAACUUCCAUGAGGUGUACCUGUGGCAGGGCUGGUGGCCUCAGGACAGUGAGAGCACCGGCUCGGCACGAAUCCGCUGGGACGCAGACAGGAAGUGUGCAAUGGAGACGGUGCUGCAGUACUGCAAAGAGAAGAAUGAGAAGAAGCCUCAGAAGUCGUACCUGAUCCAUGCUGGUCUGGAGCCGCUCACUUUUACCAACAUGUUCCCCUGCUGGGAGCACAGAGAGGACGUGGCUGAGAUCACUGAACGGGAGGCUGAGGUCUGUAACCAGAUCAUCCUGGUGGAGGACGUGUUGGCCCGACUCUGUCAGAACACCUUCCCUCUGGCCCAGCUGCAGGCUCGGCCCCUCCCAGAGGGAGUGGACCCACUCCGCCUUGAGAUCUACCUGUCUGACCAGGACUUUGAGAAAGCUUUGGAAUUGACGAGAGAGGAAUAUGAACGUCUGCCAGGGUGGAAGCAAGUGAACUUAAAGAAGGCCAAAGGACUGUUUUAAGAAAGUUUCUAAUCAAAGAUGGUUUGAGAGAAGUCGACAAAGAGGGGCUGGAGACACAGCGAAUGUCCCAUACACCUGUUUGGUGUCGUCUGAAGAAAAAAACAAAACUGACUGUGACACAAAGAUGACGAAAACAUGAAGGAUGAGACUGGAGUUUGACUUGCCUUGCUUAUAGUCCUGUUUUACCUUUUAACUUUGUCAGUACAUAACUCGAUCAAAUUGUGGUUUGACACAAGAUAUAAACCACGUUGCUUUGAUUCAGACAUGGUGCAUGUGUGUUUUUGGAGUGUUUCUCCAAACACUAAAGUCACCGCUCAUGCCAUGGACGUAAAAUGUGCACAUUAGGACGCUUGGUGUCAGAGUGCCAUGCUGUGGUUGUGUAUGUAUGUGUGUACGACUGUAUAUAAAGUUGAUGUAUGUACGUGUCAUGUUAAUUUAACGUGUGUGUAGGUGCGCGUUUGUCACUUUGUAUCUAUGUAAAAACAAACCUGUGGCAGCAGGAUGAGUGCAUCAUGUCAGAUGUUGUGAGGAAAAGCUUGAUUUUUGUUCUUGUCUCCAGUGUCUGGAUGCUGUCAGGCUGAGUAGGUAACUCAUGUGGCUCUAAUGUUAAACUGCUGAAAUGACUCAGACUUACUGAGAGAUAAGAGCUGUUCAUGACAAGGUUUGGCUUUCACAAGGAAACAGCAGCUUGGUGAAUCUGAAUGUAUAGUGCCUUGCUUUUUGUGUACAGUUUAUAUACAGAAAUUCUAGUCUGCAUUUUUAAAGACUUUCUUUGUCAUAUAAGACAUAAUGAAUUAAAUCACAAUGAUGCCCGAAUCA